AUGUACAACAAUUCCGUCAGCUUGCCCGUAUCCGAUUACCGGCAGAAUGUGCUAAUCUUGAAGGAUUACGAAGACUUAAAGGUUUGUCGAAUACAUUAAGUGAAUAUGUUCGUAGAAUUACCGUACCCUCAGCCGGCGCCGCGAGUUGGAAGAGAUUCUGCGUUCGCAGGUAAGAGUGCAUUACGUCGAGUGCAUAUUAGAGUCGGGAUGUGUUUUUGGUAUAUAUAGGUACAGGCUAGGAUUAAGUUUUGUGGAUGGGUUGGUUUUACAGGGAUUUUUAGGGGUAAAUAUUGAGUUUUAGGUAGUGAUAGGCUUCACCGUUUAAUUAAAUUUAUAUAUUUUGCUUCAUUUUUAUUAAAAAAUUUUCCUUUUUAUAUAAAUUUUAGGUAACAAACUCUAUUUUCUUGGUUAAUACAGCCUUUUAAAGGUCAAAGCUUGAGCGUGCUAUAUAUAGUUUUUCACAUAUUAUAGUAGACAGUUACUUUUCCACAUAUAAUAUUUGGCUGUUCAAAUAAUUUUAUGCCCCUAACUUCGAAAAUUUGCUUUGAGAGGGGCUCAGAAUUACUUGAACAGCCUAACAAUAGACAAUUACUUUUUACGUCUUAUAGUAGACAAUUAAUUUUCACAUGUUAUAGUAGAUCAUCAACCUUUCAGAUGGCCCCGAUUGAAGCCGAAUCCGAAGUAAUCCGCAUGGAGAUCAAACCUCACGUCCCUCACACCAAAAUAGCCGUCUUUGUGAUGCAUAACAGCCUCAAUUACCAAUUUAGUUGGCCGUCUGAACCGUCGUCAGACACGGAGAGUUAA